AUGUCCCAACGCCGUGAAGUCCGAUCGGAUGAGUCCGCCUCCGCGUGCUCAGACGCGUCAUCCAUCGUUCGGAAUGCUCAAGUCGCCCGACAGUCCCUUGCCGCAGACCUCGAGCAAAUGUCAGAGUAUGCAGUCCUCAAUCGAUCCCUCUCCCUCCACGCAACGAUUUCUACAUCCUCCUCUUUUGCUCGACGGUUUCAACAUGCCCGCAGUCGUCCUGAGCUGCAAGAGUUCAACCAAAUUGGAGCCGGUCUGCAAGGAGUGAUCUUCGAACAGGUUGGACAGCCUCUGGUGUUAAAGAAAGAGUGUCCAGGCAAUGAUACCAAACCCUCGAACCUAAAGCAUGAAUAUGAAAUGCAUUGUGCUGUCUCCUCGACAUUUGAACUCUACGGUCAGUUGACUCACGAAAAAAUCCAAGUCCCCCGACCGAUGGAAUUCAUUUCGAAGAUUGGCAACGACGCACUCUGGGACAGCCUUCUUCCAAAGUUUCCGAUGGCCUAUUGUGCUCGCGGAGACAGUGUCAAGAUGGAAAGAAUUCUUCCUCUUCCAAAAGUUGUCAGAAGGGCCCUGAUUACUCGCUUCUCCAACCGCGAAAAGCCCCUUACUGCCGACGUAAUUAAUGAUAUUCUUGCCGAUCCCGAGAACAAGCACUGCCUUGCACGCCUCUACUUGGGUAAGGCGAAUGGGCCGAUGAGUCAAGGGCGUUUGUCGCUAAGGAACUUUCCUCUCUACCUACAGUCGAAGGAAGAUCUCCACAUAGGCGUGAGAGAGAUAGCGGACGCCAUAGGAAGAGCAUACGCGAUGAUGCACUGGGGAGCCUCGGUCACCGGCGACGAUGUAGAAUUUGUGCUUGGAACCUCGGCUGUGCAGGGUGAGAGAGUGGAGGCGGCACUACCAGACUUUCAACGCCGAGUGAUUAGUAUUUAUCUCCUUGACUUCGGCCACUGCGAGGCGGUAGACCUAACGGAGGAUCCAGAAGUCGUGUACCAGGCAUUUAAAGCGGCUAUGGUCUUAGGGGACAAUCAGCUUUUCAUCCCUCACUUUUCUAAGACCCCAGCACUGUUUGCAGAAUUCAAGAAGAGAUACACAGACGCCGGUAGUAUCAUUCUGGCGCAAAAGGGCUUGGGAAACAAAUUUUGUAUGGCAGACUUCAUGCUGGAGUACGAGGAGUACGCCGAGGACUUGCUGUAA